AUGCCCGGCUUCCAGGCAAUCAACCUCGAGCCUGAGGAAAAUGUCGACGAGCAGAUCGACAGCACCAAGGAGCUCCAUGUCGACGAGGCUCUCAAGAAGUUCCAAAAGGCAUUAAGACUGCAUGCGCAAGGCGCUCGCUCCAGAGAUGCGGCUGGCACAGCGUACGAUGAACUUUUUCAAUCCGAAAUAUUCCAAUACCGCGAAGCGCGAACCGAGUACGAGCGAGCCGAGCGACAUGCCAAUGGAGAAGAUGAUGUCCUGGCCCUCGCAGCCUUCUCAGAGGGCCUCGACAUUGAUGCGGGCGGCGCAGAUGGCAUCGCAGCGACGCUGGCUCUGACGCUGUACCUGGGCUACAAAAAUUACGGGGACUUUUUCCUCGACAAGCUUAAGGACUUGCGGACCUCGGACCCGGAAUGGCAGAAGAAACCCAAGUUGUCGUACCAUGCGGAUGGCGGCGACAAGGUGUUGGAGAAUUGGGCCAAAGCCUUGGAUCAGGAUCCAUCGGACCCGGAGCUAUGGAGGCGCGCAUCUCGUUUUGCAGCUGCCGUCAACAGCGGACGCUUAAAGAGAUUCUGCCUAGAGGCUGCGGUUGAGAUGGACGACGACCCUGCGGUCACAAAGGUCGAGCCGCCAUCGAUAGCGGAGGCCUUGACGGGCGAGCAGUUGAAGCAGCAAUUGAGCUUGCUAGGUGACCACAUGGCCCUCACACACCCCGUCAUGGCGCCGUGGAUAGAAAAUCAGCUGCCGGUACUUAUGAAGAAACUAUUGGAUCCGAUAUCGUUCCUGCCAGACCCGACCCAGACACUUACGCCACCUGCGAGCCCAGUGAGAGAAGUCCAGGACGCGGUGGAGGAGAUCAAAGUGUCGACCUGGUCGCAACUAGGAACAGAGCUGUUGGCACAUGGGCGAGACGCCCACCCACUGCAUAUAAUUUGCGAAGCAGCAGAGGAGGAGUCACGGCCGGAUGUCAACAUGGAGCCGGACAAGGCAGUCACAGAAGAGCCGGAGGAAACCAAGCAGGACGCCAAUACUUCGCCUGGAGACAAAGAGGGUGGCAUGGUGGACGCAGUUGAGCACCAAAAGCCAGCAGACGACAAGCCUGCUGAAACCGACACCCCUCUCACUCGCAAGCGAUCACAAUCGGUCGCUGGGUUAGCCGAGCCAGCCGACGAGAGCACAUUGCGAGAGAAACGCAGUAAACGGAUGCGCCGACGAGAAACCAUUGAGCAAGGCGAGCUCAGUAAUGAUGUAUCAGGGAAGCUGCAGGUCUACCAGGACGUCGAUGCCAGACUUUUCCAAGUGACCAGGAACAUUCUGGAGAAUCUUGCUUUGGAAGGCGAGCCGACGCUGGCACGAUUUCAACAGCUGCAGGAUUCUACCACGCUGGAAGACCGCACGGCAGCCUUCACAUCUCGAGCGUCCCAAGACUUCCGAAAUGUCUUGACCAACUUCUCCGAAAACACGGCCAUGAUCUUACUAAACAGCGAAGAGAAAACCUCGCUUAGCCUGUCCUCGUUCUUGGAGCAUGCCAAGUCCGGCGCUCAAGACCAAUUGGAUCUUGCAUCAUUCGACGACCAUAAGGGUGUCAAGGCGUUUGUCGAUGACCUCGACAAGCGUCGCGAGAGCCUGUGUGGCGGAGAUCUGGCCUACGAAUGGAUCUUGGCCAUUAGCAAAACGUACACAUCGGAGAAGUGGUCCGAUGAGCUGAAGACGACUGUGGUCCAGAUUCUCACUCGCUCCCACGAAGCCCUGUACCAUCGCAUUGACCAAAAGAUCAGAGACGGUGAGAUGGAAGACCUCGAGACCCUGGUUCCUAUGCUGUUCGAACUACACGUGGAUAUUUACGAACGCAUCACAAACCCCAACAGCGUCGUGGACUAUGCGACGAGGGCCGAGACAAAGGACCGUCUCGCACGAUGGCUCGACGUUGCAUCGGCAUACGUCCAGCUCAUCAACCCCCCCAGCGAUGACUCUGUUGCUGUCCGCUUCAUGUGGGCCUGUGUCAUGUCUGCUUCCCACGCGGACGAGCCCGUGCGCGAGCAUAUGCUGCUCAUCUGGACCUCACUGCGGGACUUUCUGCAUGAUAAUGACGUCCAGCAGAUCACUUUACCCAACAACUUGGUCAUGCCGCUCGUCUCGGCAGCCGCCGCUGACCGGGAGAUCUCCAAGCUGACCACCAUGGACUUCUUCCUAGGCCUCUUCCAAGACGAGAUGGAGAACCCUGUUCAUGUCAUCGAGACACUGGAGCCUGUUCUGAACCCGUCUACAGUGUUGGUCGCCACGGACAAGCCCGAGGGCGAAGCAGAGUCCAUCGCGGAUUGUGCUGGUCAGGGACUGCGCGAUCUGUGGAAAUUCCUCACAAACAGUAGCACUGAGCUGAGGCUCUUCCUGUGGCUACAACUUGGAUAUGCGUACGAGGCGAUCGACUACAGAACGAAAAAAUUCUCGUGUCACCUGAGAAGCAUUGAGAUGAUCAUGGGCGAUCUCGAAAGCGAGGCGUAUGCCAACAACUCAGAAGAGUCGCGACGCCUGCUCCUUCUGAGAACGCUCAAAUCCCUGGAUGAGCAGGUCUUGGUAGCACUCAAUAUGGCUAUCAACGAGCGCGACGUCUUUGACAUUAUCGACGGCGCACACCUAAAGAGCAGCAUCUGCGCCCUGGCCAAGGUCAACUGCCUGCUUCACGUGGCUGCAUUGUACGACGACGAGAUCAGAGCAGGCAUCGCGCCCACCCCAUCAAAGAGCCCCUACUUUACGCAAUUCACAAACAAACUGAGGGACAUGCAAGUCCGGGCGUGGACACUUCAGUAUACGCUUGUGAAUGAGGCCAUGACGCAGCAUGAGUCCAUUGUAGCCCCGGAUCAAGAUCGCGCAGACUUCCUCCAGGCCAUACACAGCGCCAUGGGGCCACGCCAGUACUGCAAAGCAUCCGCCAAGAUAUUCCUCAACGUCAUGCGUCGUGAGCUUCUGCGGAUGAAGGACCUCGACCACUGGGAGGACUACAUGGAGCAAGUCUUGUGGGAUACGUACGCGCUCAAACUCGGCGCUUCCAUCACGGAAGAUCAUGGAUGUUCUCCUGAAGCAUUGACCAGGCCCCGUACGAUGCAGCUGCUCGACAGUGUCAUGACGUUGGCCAGCCGCAUGGCGAUGAAAGACCUGCUCAAAUCGGAUCUCAAAACGACGAUUGACCACAUGCAGCAGACCUUGGGACCGAUGAAGUCGACGAGCCAGAUGAUGCACAACCUGCGCAAUUUCAACGACUACAUGAAGCGCCCGAUUCACCCCCUGCGUCUGUACCGUGCCAUGCAUGGCAGCGUCGAUUUGGAUGCGGUCACUAUCCCCCUGCGAGGUGAUGCCAUUCUCGCGAAGCACGGCUGGUUUCACCUGCUGGGCAUGAUUGCCUUGACAAAAUUCAAGGGCGUCGACCUCAAUCGGCGUCAAACACCAGGCGCGACAGACGACCUGCGCGUGGGUGCCGCCAAUCUGCGAUCCCAACUACAGUUCACGCCUAACAGGUGGGAUACAUGGUUCCGCUUGGCCGAGUGUUUCGACUACGAAUUGGACGAGGCUGUCUUGUGGACGGCAGAAAAGAUCAACAAGGACCGCGCGGAGCUCGUCAAGUUCCAGCGACACGCGAUCCACUGCUACACGCUGGCCCUCUCGCACUCGCACAAUGUCGACACCACGGCGUACGAGGGCGAUCCGUUGCACGACCUGUACUAUCGCUUCGGCAUGCGCAUGUACGCAUCCAGCCGCGACCCCUUCGCCAUGGAAGCGUUCCAGCAUAGUGAGCUGGAGCGGUACUUUAUCGAAAGCACGGGCAACGGCACCUUCAAACUGCCCGUGCAUGCCGAGAUGAGUCCGUUCAAAGUCUGGAAAUACGCAUCGCGGCUUUUCCGAAUGGCCAGGGAGAGGCAGCCGCAGAAUUGGAAGAACCACUACAUGCUAGGGAAAUGCCACUGGAAGAUGCUGCAGGUCGAUCCAGAGAAGCUCUCCGCGGAAGACAGGAAGUUGGGCCUCACGGCCAUGACAGUGGUGAUGAACCUCAAACACGCCGUGGAAACGGCACACAACGCGCGCAAGUCGCGCCGCGCAGAGCCCAUCCUGGAACCUCACUACAAGAUAGCCUCUGUGCUGCAUAAAAUGGUCAAGCGAGGCGACCUCCCUGCCAAGGAAGCCGCCAAGAUCCUGUCCGAGCAGCCAUUUGGUGUGCCUAUCCGUGACGACGAUGGCUUUGCAGCAUUUACCGAGCCGAAGCAUUGGGAGGAAUACAUCAUUAGCAAUAUGAUCAAGCUUCGCGACAAGGACAAGUCCAACUGGCAGCACCGCUUCAUCAUGCGCCAUGCGACCAUAUUGUUUGACGAGAAGCUCGCGAACCAUGAGGACGUGUCGUCCGCAGCCAAAGCGGCCUUCCACAUUCUCUGCGAGAGCAUGCUGACCAAAACCAUGGUGAUGAAUGUGUGGAAGUGCGACUCGGAGCGACCAGGGCGGCAUCACGUCUACACAGAGAGGUACAUGCAUUUCGUCACCAACAUCCUCGUCAUCCUGUCGGACCGCGUCAAUAUGGAACAGCUCCUGAAGAGGAUCCGGAAGAAGGCGGCCGACUUUUACCAUUUUACCGAUUUAUGGCAAUGGUGCUGUGCGCAGUUUGUGAAACUGCUUCGCAAGGUGUACAACAUGCCAGAGGGCGCCGAAGAAGCCUUCAAGUCCAUGUCCAUGGACGAAUUCGACCUGGUCACCGAGCGCAUAACCAACUGGGCGGCAGGCGAUGGCCCGCACACAGCCACCUUCUUUUGUAUGAAGGAUGCCAUUGAGCUGAAGAAGACCAACGGCGGCCUGAUCAAAGCCGGUCCGAUUGACGACCUCAUCAGCGAUUGCUAUUCCAAAAUCCACACGGAGAUCCGAGGCGAGUUCGCGGACGACCCUGCAAAGAUUGUCGAGGAGAGAAAGGCCGGUGACGCCAAGCUCGUGCACCCCGCUGUGCAGAGUCUUGUGAGUACGGAGGCACAAGACUCCCGCGGCACGAGCCCGACACUCAAUGACUCUGAGAAGCCCGAGGGCCCGUCCCGAGCGAGGAAGACGGGCGUCCGCAGGCCUGACAUCCUACGCAGGGCCGAGCUGGCAGUGCAACGCUCUCUCGAGCCCAAGGCGGGCUCUGUGAAGAGCCGGGUGGGCAGUACGUCAAGUAAGAGAGGCAGCCGCACGCCCUUGGCUGCGAUGAGCGACGACAGUGAUGGGCCUGAUGCCCAAGUACGCAGAGAAGCUGCCGAAGGGAUGGAUAUGGACGCGGACGGUCACGAUGAGGAAAACGAUGGCGAUGACGAGAGUGAUCUAAGCGACGCUCCGGAACAGUCGGAUGAAGAGAUGCCACCCGGGCUGCUGGUGCCCAGGGAGGAGUCUAGUGGCGAAGAAGCGGAUAGUGAAAGCGAGGGUGAUGAGGACCAAGCUGAGGAGGCAGAAGAGGCGGAAGAGGCGGAAGAGGCGGAGGAGGAAGAAGAAGAAGAAGGGAUGGAGGAGACGCAUAUUGACGACGGCGAUACGGAAAUGGCCGGCAUGGAGACGGCGCCUGAGAAUCAGGAGGAGACGGAGGAGGAUGAAGAGAUUGGCGUGGGUGCCUAG